AUGGACAACGUUCAAGCUGCCGUGGAUGUACCUCAGGUGACCUUCAAGAAGCGCAAUGCGAAACCCAAGUCCACAAUUCGAAAGAGGGUGGCUACCCCUCCUCCAGAGCGCGAUUCGGACUCAGGGUUCACAUCUUCAGAAGACGAGGAGGGAAGAGCCGUCAAGCGAAGGCGCAAGAAUUUAGGUGUGACAGCAUCUUCAUCACACAACCCUAAUCCCCGGGUAGCAGCAGCCGAAGAGACUUCCGGCGCCGCAAUAGUGGCCCUUACGAAUAAAGACGACGCGACUAAGAGAGCGGAUUGGUAUGAUGAGGAAAAUGAUAGAAAAGAGAAGCCUACAUCGAAGCUACAAGACACCGUCACGUCCGAUGGCACAUACAAAGGUGCUGCGAAUUACCAAUCUUUCAUACAGAAAAACCCGGACCGUCUAGGCAAGCAAGUUGGGCCGGUCAAACAAUCGGGCAAUGUCAGGACAAUAACCGUAACCGACUUUGCCCCGGAUGUGUGUAAAGACUACAAACAGACUGGUUUUUGCGGUUUUGGAGACAGCUGCAAGUUCCUACAUGCAAGAGAAGACUACAAACAAGGCUGGCAACUCGAUCGGGAUUGGGAGAUUGAUACCAAGGGCAAGAAGCUGACUGGGAAGACUGUCGCCUCCGCUAAUCGUGGUCAAACGCAGGAGGAUGAGGAUGAUGAGGCCCUGCUGGAAAGCAUACCAUUCGCCUGCAUCAUCUGCAAACAGCCCUACAAAAACCCGAUUGUCACCAAGUGCGGCCACUACUUCUGCGAGGCAUGUGCUUUGAAAAGAUAUCGCAAGGACCCGUCCUGUGCUGCCUGCGGGACGGGAACUGGUGGAGUGUUCAAUGUUGCAAAGAAGCUGAAUAGAUUAUUGGAUAGAAAGCGGGAGCGGGAGAAGCAGAAGAGAGAGAAGGCUGGAGAGGACAUUGACGAGUAG